AUUUUCUAGUACCUGUGUUCGACAUUAAUUAAAGCUGCUCGAUAAUACAAACUCGACAUACUGCUAAUUUUUAACAAUCGAUUAUUUCUCCAAAAAUCAAAGUUACACUUCUCAUUGUUUCAACUGUUUCCGUAAUUCGUCGUGAAUAUUCUCAAGAGGUGAGGAUAGAGGUCAGAAUUCAAGGACGUCAGAGAUUAUACAGGGUCUCGCCGCAAGUUUGCCGGAAGGACCGGGAAAGAGGGAGGAUAGCGUCCUCAGGAGCAAGAACGAACCACCCCCAUAAUCCCCGUACUCCUAUAGAAAACCGUCUCUGCCAAUAGUUGCCCGUCAUCCCCUUGCUCAGGGACCAAUCGGGAGCCGAUGUUGGACGAAGACAGGGAGCGAGGACGCCACGGCGGAGGGGUGAAAAGCUUAAGAAGACCGGAAUCGGCUGCAGGGUGAACACUGUCGGUCCUUCCGCAAGAGAGAUAGAAGCAUCAUCCAAGAGUGAGGUUGAACCUGCGUUGCGUUCUUUACCGAGACGUGUUUAUCCAAGUAAAAUCGAAGAUCUCCGAUUAAGAACACGUGAAAUUUUUCUUUCCUGAGCCUUGCGGCGGCUGCGGAUGUCAAAUAAAAUCCCUACGUGAAUACGCAACAGUUAUGAGCGGUUCUGGAAAAGGUCUUCUGGGCAUGUGGCUCUACAGAAGAGGCCAAGAGUGGGCCAUCAAAGAGGGAAGCCCGAUGCACAAGGUUCCAGACGUCCCGAUGACUGAGCGGGACGCAAGUGAGGAGAAUAAAAAUUCGGUAAUCUUCUCACUGAAGAAUCAAGUUGGAGGCUUAGCUCGAGCGUUGCAAGUUUUCCAGGACCUAGGCGUCAACGUUGUCCACAUUGAGUCCCGUCGAUCGGCGCAACGCGGUCCCGAGUACGAAAUUCUGGUCGACGUCGAGUGCGACGGAAAAAGGAUGGAGCAGCUCAUGAGGAUGUUGAGUCGGGAGGUGGCCGCGAUAAAUCUGGCCCAAUACGAACAAACAGGAAAUAUUCCUCAGCCGCCAACCUUGUCGGCUGCCCCGAGCUUCGAUUUCAGUGAGGUCGACAUGCCGUGGUUUCCGCGCAAGAUCGCUGACCUUGAUCAAGCUCAAAAGGUGCUGAUGUACGGCUCCGAUUUGGAUGCUGAUCACCCAGGAUUCAAAGAUCCAGUAUACCGAAGGCGCCGGGAAACAUUCGCUGAAAUCGCCAAUAGUUACAAACAUGGACAGCCGAUCCCGAAGGUGCAAUACACUGCGGAAGAAAUCAAGACUUGGGGCACGGUAUUUUGCGAGCUGCACCAACUUUACUUGAAACAUGCCUGCAAGGAGUAUCUAGAAAACUGGCCGAAGCUGGUCAAGUAUUGUGGUUACAGAGAGGACAACAUACCGCAGCUCCAGGAUAUCAACGUCUUCCUGAAACGAAUGACUGGGUUUCAACUACGCCCAGUUGCGGGAUAUCUUUCGCCGAGAGAUUUUCUGGCUGGUUUAGCAUUCCGAGUCUUUCAUUGCACUCAGUACAUCAGACACUCUUCGGACCCUUUUUACACCCCAGAACCGGAUUGCUGCCACGAACUUUUAGGACACAUGCCACUCCUCGCUAACCCAAGCUUCGCCCAAUUUUCCCAGGAACUCGGUCUGGCGUCACUUGGAGCUGCCGACGAGGACAUCGACAAGCUAGCAACCCUCUACUUCUUCACGGUCGAGUUCGGCUUGUGUAAACAGGACGGCACUCUCCGCGUUUACGGUGCGGGGCUUCUGUCCUCCGUAGCGGAGCUGAGGCACGCCGUUAGCACCCCCGAAAAAACCUUCAGAUUCGAGCCGGACGUUACCUGCAAGCAGGAAUGCAUCAUAACGGCCUUUCAGAACGCCUAUUACUACACGGAGAGCAUCGAGGAAGCGAAGGAGAAGAUGAGAGCCUUCGCUAAUCAGAUCCAACGCCCGUUCGGCCUACGUUACAACCCCUACACUCAGUCCGUCGAGGUUUUGACGGAUGCGCAGAAGAUCACGGCUCUCGUCAGCGAACUGCGCGGCGACCUCUGCAUCGUCUCGAAUGCUUUGCGCAAGAUUCACGAACAAGACGAGACGGUCGACGUCGAGAGGAUCACCAGUCUUCUCACCCAGGGGAUCGACGUUCCCCAAGAAUCAUCCGAUAGCGAUGAGGACGACAGGAGCCCCAACGUCGACGAGCCUCGAGGAGGCCGGGAUGAUCAGAAUGAAACCGACGCCGAGUUUCACCCGCAUCUGAACCUUGCUUCGCGGCAGCGCUAAGCGACCUUUCCAUACUCACUGCAGCCCGUUGACAAUUUUAUUCCUGUCUGAUUGAUGUAUUAUUUAUUUCGCAUGUCAGCGCUUUGAGCUAAUUCUAUAAUGCAUAAAUAUAUUGCGUAUAAUUGUAAGUUAUGAUAGUAUCUGGAGUUUUUCGUCGAUUUUCGAAACACGACCGGGCAGAUUGUCAAAGUUAGAGUGCUAGAAUCAUACGUUCCUCAAGAUCGAAUCGAUGUCCGAUCGUUGAUGAAAAAUUCCAUAUGUUAUAACAGCGUAGAAAAAAAUGGCACCACUGCAUACAAACGAAUCUCUGUGUCUGAUGAUAAAUAAAUCAGACGUGUGUUAUUACAUGUAUAUCGAACAAUAUCGUUGUAUCCAUGAAUCAGGCGUUAAUAGAGUCGCGAUGUAGUAAACUAUUUAGUAAUAAAUGCAAUGGGUUUCAGUGUGGAAAUAAUUUUCAUUUCGUUAUUUCUAUUCGUUGUACGCUCAAAAAUGUCGGAAAAAUGUAUAUUCUGUUAUUUUCGUAGCGAGCAUCAAGGGGUCAUCGAUUGAAAACAAAAUUAGAUCUUUUAGACCAUUACAAGAAUGAAGAGUUAUUAAUGUGUCAAUUUUUCUUCCUCCAAUCGAAUAUUACGUAGUGCAACUCGUGCGACGAUGAGACGGUAUUUUUGAAUCAUUGAAAAUGGAUAUUCAUCCAGCAACGAGUGAGUUAAGAAUUAUAGGCACAGAUAGUCACUUUGUGUGUAAGAAUUAAGAAUGAAAUCAGUUUACUCUACAUAAUAUGCAAAGUUUACGAAAUAUGUGUUGUGUGCUUUCCAAUAAAUACUGUCAGUUCGACUUGCAACCAA